AUGCCGACAGUCAGGUUUGAUGAGAUUGUGAAGAAGAGUAAAGUCGAAUAUCAUGCCGGUGGAUCCUCACAGAACUCUGUCAAAAUUGCUCAGUGGAUGAUCCAGGAGCCGCAUAAGGUGGCCACGUUCUUCGGCUGUAUAGGUACGGAUCACUUCGGUGAGAUUCUGAAGCAGAAAGCGGCUGAAGCUCAUGUUAACGCUCAUUAUUAUGAACAGAGUCAAGAACCGACAGGAACCUGUGCAGCCUGCAUUACUGGAGACAACAGGUCUCUGGUUGCAAACCUGGCAGCAGCAAACUGCUAUAAUAAAGAGAAACAUCUGGAUGUUGAUAGGAACUGGAGUCUGGUGGAGAAAGCGAGAGUUUACUACAUUGCAGGCUUUUUCCUGACCGUGUCUCCAGAGUCCAUCUUCAAAGUGGCCAAACACGCAUCUGACAACAACAAGAUCUUCGGGCUGAACAUCUCAGCUCCCUUCAUCAGCCAGUUCUUCAAAGAGCCGCUGAUGAAGGUCAUGCCGUACGUUGACAUCAUCUUCGGGAACGAGACGGAAGCUGCUACAUUUGCAAAGGAACAGGGCUUUGAGACAGAAGACAUCGCUGAGAUCGCGAGGAGGGUUCAGUCUCUGCCCAAAGUCAAUAAGAACAGGCAGAGGAUCGUGGUCUUCACUCAGGGCAGAGAAGACACUGUGGCCACUGUGGGCGAUAAAGUGAAAAUGUUUCCUGUUUUAGACAUCGACCAGAACGACAUUGUCGAUACUAACGGUGCUGGUGAUGCUUUUGUGGGAGGAUUCCUGUCAGAGUUGGUUCAGGAGAAGCCAUUGCAGGAGUGUAUCCGUGCAGGUCACUAUGCCGCUAAUGUCAUCAUCCGGCGAGUCGGCUGCACUUUCCCUGAGAAACCUGAUUUCCAUUAACUCCCUCACAUAUUUCCCAAUGCGGAAUCUUUCCAUCUCAUUUGUUUUUGUUCUGAAAUUCCAGAA